AUGGCAUCCGAGCCGCUGGCAGUAGUGCCUGGCCAUUCUCUAGGCUUAAUGUACCUUGGUGCCUCCCUGCAACAGGUCCUUUCUUUGCUCAAAAACGACAAAGAUCACGUCCCAGCCAUCCACCUCAGCUACACUCAGUCGAGACCUCUUGCGGCUCCCAUCGUCGUCACUCUACCUCAGAACGGCCUACGACUGCGAUUCGACGGCAGCGACCAACGACUUCGCUUGAUUGAGGUUCUCGACUUUGCAAAGACGAGGCUCACGUACAAGGGCAGUGAGUUGGUGAAGAAGCAGGAAGAUGGCGCAUCGGCGACCUUCAAACGCAUAUAUCAGCUGUUUGGAGCAUCAUAUCCGGGCGAGUACAUGCCACCCAAGUCGGGUCGGACUGGUACAUAUGUGCUAUCGUGGUCCGGGGUAGCCUUCAACUUCCCGCUGCAGCAUGCAGCUUGGUCACCAGACAAGGAUCAUGUAUCGCUGCUUGGCUCGCAUGCGGCAUCCCCGGCAACCAAUAUGGCACUCUUCGAUGGCACCAGCUGGGCUGAAGCCCGGAACACGCUGUUCGUCAAGGCGCCAUCUGCGCCUCGCAAUCCUGCAAUCAUAGCACAGCCUAGAAAUGCACUGCCUCCGGAGAUCGAGCUCGCCAUUAUGGAGACUGCUGGCAGGAUCAGCCUAGAACGCCGAGCGCCAGCACUACCUUUCAACAUCAUCCUGAACCAAACCACGCCUCAAGACUUGAUCACAGAGUUGGGUGCUCCAGAAGCAACACACAAGCGAGACAUCCCACUCGCCACUGACGAACCAGUGAAUACGCGCCCGCGUAACAACUCGCGCUCACUGGCCAACGGACGACCGCAUGCUACACCACCGUCAAGCUACUCUUCCACCGGGACAGACACUUUCGACACAGACUUCGAUUCAGGCGAUGCCGAUGAGGAUUCCGAAAGGCAGAGUAGAGAAACCUUUUGGUGCUACUUCUCGCACGGCAUGGACAUCUUGGUAGGACCACCGAGCGAUCAGGUGUCUAUGGCUGAGCUGCAUGGCAACGAUCCAACACCGUUAUCGACCAGUCCCCACUUGGUUGUUCUGAAAGUUGUUCUCCAUGGCAAUGUCCCCGGGAGCUAUGCCUUCAACAGACAUCGACGUAGUCGCUGGGCCAUCGAUCUGCCAGGUGCUAGCAGCACGUCGACAUCGGAGCACUCCUUCGAUGAGAUCAAGCCAGACUUGAUGCAAGCGUUCCAGGGAGCCUUCCCGGAGUCUGAGAUGGGCAGAGGGAAAGUCGUCAAUAGAACCUGGGGUGCGAACCCGACUGAUAGCACUUUCUUCUUGCCGGACGCCGACCAGGACCUUGUGGAGGGAGGUGGUAGCGAGAGUGGGCUCGAUAACACCAAGCUCUACGAUCUCGGCUUCCUGCAAUUUGAGGUCGCCUCCAACAACGCCGUGGUGGCACUGACUGUAGCUUAA